AGUUGCGCAUCUCUGAGCUGGAGAAGGGGUAACACAAUCUCUCCGAAUGAACUGCCUCCACUCAGCUGACACAGAGACGCACUCGUCUGCUCUUUGAUCACUCCUAAACAUCACACAUGGGUUUUGCGCGCGCUUAAGUGUUGCAUUCGGACAUCUUUGGCACAAGUUGCAUGUAUUCUUCUGUCUUAUAGCAUGAAUUCUCGCUCUUGAUACCACGGACAGGCUGGAAUUUACGCAAACGAGAUGAUAUGUAUGAGUUAUCCCGAUGAGUUCAGCUGGAGUGUUUAAGAUUUCCGUUGAAGAAACCAGCAAGAAAUGAAUAUGGACCUCUUGAACGGCAUAGUUCUGCUCUUAGUUUGGCACGCGCACACGGUCAACGGGAGACAUCCCAACUGUCAUUUUCUGUAUGAGCUACAGAUGGCCGAGAAGGAAUGUUUGGGCAUGCUGGCAGAUGAUCUGUCUUUGAACACCAAAGGUUGCAGGGGAAUGUGGGAUAAUAUUUCUUGCUGGCACCAUGCAGAUAUCGGAGAGGUGGUCAUCAAUACUUGCCCUGCUGCCCUAAAAAAUCUGUUUACCAUAGAUGGGAUCAUUACAAGAAACUGCACUACACAAGGCUGGUCUGACGUGUAUCCUAGCAUCCACAGCGUUUGCUUUGAGUCUAAUCCAAACUCAACCAAGCUUGUCUUUUACACGGUGGUGAAGACCCUUUACACGCUCGGACACAGCCUCUCUCUCAUCGCACUUAUCACCGGCAGCACCAUCCUCCUCCUCUUCAGAAAACUCCACUGCACAAGGAACUACAUCCAUCUGAAUCUGUUCUUCUCAUUUAUACUGAGGGCUAUCGCUGUGCUGGUCAAAGAUGCCAUUUUGUUUUCCCAUGAGAAUGUAGAAUGCACAAAGCAGCCAUCGCUGAUUGGUUGCAAGGCCAGUCUGAUCAUCUUCAAUUAUUUCAUCAUGGCAAACUUCUACUGGUUGUUGGUGGAAGGGUUAUAUCUUCACACCCUGCUGAUGGUCAUCUUCUCUGAGAAUAGACACUUCAUCAUUUAUCUGCUCAUUGGAUGGGGAUUCCCCACCGUGUUUGUGAUUCCAUGGGUCAUUUGUAGGAUUUAUCUGGAGGACACGGGAUGCUGGGAGAGAAAUGACACCCCGAUUCCCUGGCGGGUGAUCAACUGGCCAAUCAUGGCAUCUGUCAUUUUAAACUUCAUUCUGUUCAUCAGUAUCAUUCGAAUUCUGGUGCAGAAACUGAGGUGUCCUGAUGUCGGUGGAAACGAUCAGUCUCAGUACAGGAGGUUGGCCAAGUCGACACUUCUGUUGAUCCCUCUCUUUGGAGUCAACUAUGUUCUUUUCGUUUACAUCAUAGAUGAAAAUGAUGAAAUGGAAAACUACAAAAUAUUUUUUGACCUUGGCCUGGGAUCCUUUCAGGGCUUGGUGGUUGCAAUUCUGUACUGUUUUUUGAAUACUGAGGUCCAGAGCGAACUCAAGAGAAAGUGGCGGAGUUUGCGCCUGAAGCGAUACAUCGGCCGAGACUACCGUCUGCACAGCUCGUCCAUAUCCAGGAACGGCACAGACAACAUGGCCCAGUUUCACCGGAAUUCCAGAGCCCAGUCUUUCCUGCAGACUGAGACCACCGUGGUGUGACACACUCCAAGACCUCCCAUCUGAGGCAGGAUUUAUACACAUGCACCGAGUCAUGCGAUUAGGUCAAUCCCCCUCGGGUGGAAAAUCUUUUUUUUUUUUUUUUUUGCUUUGUUGAAGCAAAAAAGGCUUUUUUCCAUUAGAGCAAGACAGUGACAUGCAGCAUACAUAAGACAUCAGCAAUCUCUAUGAUGGGCCAUGACACACUAUCUCAAUAAAAAUAAUUUUGAAUGCUGUCUUUUGAUACCAAAUUUCACUAACAGCCAUCAAAGUACACUGGCGCAAUACAUCCAGAGUUAUAUUUGAUGGUUUUAAAAGAACUCCAUUUUCUUUUGUAAAUUAAAUGCAAGUCAUAGCUUUUAGUGAACACUUUCAUAGCAUUAAGCUCUGAUUAUAUAAUAGUGUUAUGUAAAUACUUCUUAAAGCCUACGGCAAUUUUCUUAGAUGGUCACUCAGACACAGCGCAGUGCUUUCACUGUGGUAUCAACACAUGAAAACACAGCCAGCAUGUUUUCAAUGCUCUGAAUGUCCCAGUGUCAGUUAGAAACCAAGAACACACUUCAGUGUCUUGGUUGAAUUGUAGAAGUAGGUUACCUCAAUGGCAAACUCAAAUGUGAGGUGUUUUUAUAUAAAAAAAAAAAAAAAAAAAAAAAAAAGAGGACAGUAUUGCUGGAGGUGUCCAGAUUAUCUCAGUAUGAAAGAAAGACUUCUAUUUCAAGAGAUAAAUGUGUAUCAGAUACCUUUUUCAUGAAGUGGACAAUGUGGAGACUAAUCUGUACUGAAAACUCAGUCGUGCACUUACAAUGAAAAUUGGUGAUUUGAUAAAAAUCUAAAUUUCUUACAAUGAUAUUGAACUGGUGUCUAGAGCAUUACAUAAUGCAAUUAUUAUUUUUUUUUUUUCAUUAUAAGACAUUAAAAAAUUUGUCAGUUUUGUAUUUUAUACCUUCAUGCUGCCAUAAGAAAAGCCACAUUGUGAACAUUUAUAACCUGAAAUACUUAUUUCCAGGAUAUGUAUAUUAUAGCAUGUGAAUGUAACUCAUUUCUUUAUUGUUAUGUAUAGAUUUCAGAGAUUUCAGCAGAGACUUAUGAAUGAAAUGAGAUUCAUUGAGAAGAUGGACACAAAUAUGUGGGAUAAAUAUUUUGUAUGCCCACAAUAAGGAUGUGUCUGAUGAUAAACCAAACCACAUCCUCAUUGUUAUUGCUUUGCAAACUCCUGUUUUUCAUAUCCCAUUUUGAUUAGAAAUUGCAAUGGGAGAUGUUGACCAUGUCUCUGAAUAUAUUUGCUUUUGUGUUGCUCUGUCUGACAUUGUCUGAAAAACAGAUAAUUAAUCCGGGAGACAGUUGGAUGCAGAUUUAGGUCAAAUGAACUGGCAAAACGGAGAAUGUGUGGGUGUAUGAAAGUGCCGUUUCUGUGUGACCUGCUUUCUGCUGUAUUGUUGCGAGAAGCUUUUGGGAUCUACAGUCCAGAGACUCCAUAGUUGGACAGAGAGAAGAUUGGAUCUCUUUUAGCCAAGCUUGAAGAACAGAAGAACACCAUGUGGAGCGAUGUGCUCAUACAAAGUGACACAAAUGCCAUGGGCAGAGGCAUAGAACAUCAUUAUCAGACUGUCAAAGAGAGAGGAAAAGAUGGAGCUUUAAUUAAAACUGUCAGAAAGGAAUUAAAUGUGUUCUUUAAAUGUUGAAGAAGGGGUCAGAGACAUGGUGAAAUGGGUAGUGCACAUGCCUGUGACAUAUAGGAUAUAUUUUAAGUCUGGCACGUGUCAUGUGCUGAUCCCAUGCCACCUCUCUCCCUCCACUUGACUCGUGCAUUUAAAAAAUUAUUAUUGAAAGAGGGAAUACCGGGUUUCAUUGUAGAAUAUAUUAUACCUUCAAUUUAAAAAAACAGUCAUGAUUUAUCUGAGGUCAACAGUUUGACAGAUUUUUGUAUGUAAAAUGUAUUUUUUAAAAAGGCUCUAAAGUUGUGCAUUUCUAUUUUAUUGUAUUUAACCAAUUAGUUUUUUCGUUAAUUAGACGAUUGUUGAAUAAACAGUUUUUAAUUUGUUCUGUUCUGCUGUACUUUUGCUGUAUUUAUAAAAGCUUUCUUGUAAAUAUUCAAGUAUUGAGAUCAUUAAUUGAAUUUAAUUGAUUGGUUGUGAUUACUUUUUAACACUGUUAAUAUAAUUGUGCUGAUUUAAAGUAUAUUUUGUUUGUCAGUUUUCACCAUAUACAUUCAAACCAACAAUUCA